AUGUCGUCUCAUGACACUGACGCUUUCAAGCAGGUACUUCACCGUCAGGACUAUACUUCGUGGCAUUCGCAGCCCAUAUCACUCGCAUCUACAUCUGAUGCGACGUCAAGCGCUACUAAAAAGAAGAGACCAAAGACGACUACUGUUUAUUCGCAACCGGCGGAUACGGGAACAGGCACCAAUGCCAACACCCAGCUAGUCUACGCGAUAGACCAUUUGAAGUCGACGCAUAAUCCAAUGCGUAUUCAGGACAUAGCAAUUGUCACCGGCACGCCGCUAGACACCGACAUGGUCCUUCUGCAGAAAUUCAAAUCACACGAUCGUAUUCGGUGGGAUACAAAAACUGACCUCUACUCGUAUCGACCAGCACUCCUCACAGAAAUACAACGGCAGACACGCAAAGGUGGUGGGAUCCCUGACCGUGCACUGAAAGAGUCGUGGAAAGAGGCGCCGCAAGCUAUAGAGGAACUCGAGAAAGAAGGGGAAGCUCUUGUGACGCGGACAGUAAAGGACGGUCAGCUGCGAAUGGUGUUUUGGAACGAAAUUAAGCCAGAUGACGAGAGUGGGAGGAAGCAAGUCGAGAAUGAAUUUUUCGAUCUAUGGUAUUCACUCAAGGUGCCAAAUGACGCUACUGCAGAAGAAACGCCAAUUCCGAAAGCACUAUCGAACGUCAAGAAGAAGGGAAAACGCGCUGCGCCGCAACAACGACAAGCCAAGAUUACCAACACUCACUUGAAGGGGGAAAUCGACCUUUCAAGAGAUUAUGAUUCUCAGAGGACAUGA